CGUUGGUUUGAUCUGCCGUGUCUAAAGUCCUUUUGGGACCCCAACACUGUACUCUCUUUUCUUCAACUUCUCCAACAUAUAAUUCAAAAUCCAAGUAAAAGAAGAAAACCACUUCUGCGAAUCUCUUGGCUCCUAAACUUAGGGUUUUUUUUCCAGAAAUGAUGUCUUCGCUGUAUAAAUUGCGAAGAUUUGCACUUCACAAGACUGAUAAUAAGGAUAAAUUUGACUUUUCGCCUUCCGCUCAGGUUGAUGAACUCUUUCAAGCUGCUCAGGAGAUGCAGGAUAUGCGAAAUUUCUAUGAUAGUUUACUCUCAGCUGCUGCGGCGACCGCAAACAGUGCUUAUGAAUUCUCGGAGUCGCUGCACGAAAUGGGUUCUUGUCUACUGGAGAAAGCCCCAUUACAAGAUGAUGAAGAAGGCAGUAGAAUUUUGUUAAUGUUGGGGAAGGUGCAGUUCGAACUUCAAAAGCUUGUUGAUAGUUAUAGGUCUCAUAUAAUCCUGACGAUUACAAACCCAUCAGAAUCUCUUCUCAAUGAACUUCGCAUGGUUGAGGAUAUGAAACGACAAUGCGACGAAAAAAGAAGUGUAUAUGAAUACAUGAUGGCACGGCAAAGAGAAAAAGGAAGGUCAAAAAAUGGCAAAGGCGAAAGUUUUACUCCACAGCAAUUGCAAACUGCCAGCGAUGAAUAUGAUGAAGAGGCAACCCUAUGUAUCUUUCGGUUGAAGUCCCUCAGAGAAGGGCAGUACCGUAGUCUUCUAACUCAGGCAGCCCGCCAUCAUGCAGCUCAGGUUUUCUACAUCUUCCUAGCUAUUUCAGAACACUACAUCUCUCAUUCUUUCCUGAAGGGACUUAAAUCACUCGAGGCAGUUGACACUCAUGUUAGAUCAGUUGCUGAGCGGCAACAUAUUGAUUACCAGUUUUCUGGACUUGAAGAUGAUGAGGGGGAAGAUGUUGAGGAUAGCUAUUAUUCUAAUGAAGCAGGGGAACUGAGUUUUGACUAUAGACAGAAUAAGCAGGGUCUCAAUGUUGUUUCCACAUCAAGAAAUUUAAUGGAGAUGGAUGAAGUUGGAAUUUCAUUUCCUCAAACAUUAUUAGUAGAAAAUGCUGAGACAAAUUUGGACAAAAACCCAGGAAAUCACCCAGCAUCAAACAGGGAGCCCAGGGAAAGCUACUCAGCCCCCUUAUUUCCUGAAAAGAAGAAUGAUCAGUCCGAAAAAUUUAUACAAAUACAGCCUGCAAGGAAAUCGAGUGCAUAUGUGCUGCCCACUCCUACCAAUGCAAAGGUCCCAAUCUUAUCAAAACCAAGUACUUCAAUUCCCUUUGCAAGGCCAACUAACCCUACUGGUCGCACACACAACCCAUCACAUUCUUCCCCCUUGGAACGGAAGAAGCAAGACAAAGAUCAUAGUGAUGGUAACAUGUCAGAUCUCUCUGUAUUCAAAUCACAGUCAGUUCUUAAAGAGAGCAACAGUAAUACCAUCUCCGCAAAACUACCUCCUCCUUUGGCAGAGGGAUUUUCCAUUCCGCAGAUGGGUAAAUCUUCUGAUACAAAAAAUAGCAAAAGAUAUGCAUUUUCUGGUCCAAUGACUUCUAAGACAUCAUCAACAAAGCUUACCUCUAUAGAACCUUACCAGCUAGUUUCUGCAGUACUUAAUUCCUCACCAGUUGCUCAGUCUUCAGUGUCUCCUAGGAGAUCCCCAAGUGCUUCACCGCCGCCUGUUUCUUCUCCUAGAUUAAGUGAACUUCAUGAGCUUCCUAGGCCUCCAAGUGGCUUAGCCAGCAAUCCAGGAAAAUCUCAAGGUUUGGUUGGUCACUCAGCUCCGUUGAUGUCUAGAAAUCAAGAGCAUACUGCAACAAAUAAAAGUCCUUCAGUCGUUUCAAGUGCAGCUUCCCCUCUUCCUAUUCCGCCAUUAAUUAUUCCUCGGAGUUUCUCCAUACCCUCAAGUAGCGAGAAAGCAAUGACAUUACAUGUUUCGAAGCCUUUUGAAUCUCCAAAAGUUGGAGAAAGGGCUGAAGAUGUUUCAUCUCCACCUUUGACACCUAUUUCCCUUGGUAACAUUAAGCCAGUUUGAGGUGUUUCUGAAGUGGCGCCACACUCUGCGCAUAUUAGGGGUGAUUGAAAUUUCGUCUUUCAUUGUUUUCUGUAUCAUAUUGCUUGUGCAUACAUAUUUGAUGGCUGAUGGAUAUUGGAAGAUUUUGACAUUUGCCUGCUUCCAUCUUCCAUCUUGAUUCUUUCUGGCUAAAAAUGGAUAAAUUAGAACAGAGAAGAAUUGGCUAUAUGAAUUAUCGGACUACGCUCAAGCUUGUUGUUCACAAUGUAAUACGAUAGUCCAUCUUCGUUUCCACGUUUUCAUAUUUGCUGUGGAAAAAUUGUGAUGGAGGGUUAUAGUAAAACCAUGCUUGGGAUGGGUGGAACUGGUAAAUCCCAUUUCUCUAUUAAAAAAUUCAGAAUUUGAUUUCCUGUCAGAUAAGGAACGGUUCAGAGUUA